AUGCCUCCAAAACUCUUGGAAAGUACAGAAAGUACGAAUAAUUAUCCCAAUAUUGAAAAGUUGAAAGAAAAAUAUUCACCUCAAAAGAGGAUUCCACCGCCUUCAAGAGGUCCUUCAGAGUCAUUUUCUAAGAAUUACAAGGUGUUUGCUACAGCACCUAAGAGAAAUGGAACAAUAAGAAAUCCGAGAAACAUUAAUGGUAUUGAAAAACAGGAUUUAACUAUCAAUUUAUUGGCACCACCCAUACUGGCAUCUAGAAAUAGCUCGCCUGAAAUUAGAAGCGAUGAUAGUUUAAGUUCCAAUGGACCAAAAAGAUUAUCAACUAGCGGAGGACUUUCGCCAAUAAGGAGAAGUGGUUCACCUGUGAGAAGACGACAUAUAUCAGAAAUUGAACUGGAAUUGAAUCAUGAAUCAAUUAAGGGGAACACAGAAACUCAUGAAAGAGUUGGUUCAUUAGGAGAAAAGGCAAGAUACCAAGAAUCUCAAGCUACCAAGAGACAAAAGGUUAGCUUCAAUAAUGAAGUAGAGUAUAAUGAUACUUUUACAACCUCCAGUUUAAACGAUGACAUUGACUUACAUACAGCUACAAUACUGGACUCUAAGGUGCGAAAUUACAAUAAUGAGAAGAUAAAAUCUACUAUAACAGAAGGACCACAGGAAAAAGCGAACGUACGAGUGAACGUCCUGAAUAUGAGCAGGGCAGCAAGAAGUGAUAGAUUCAUGGAGGAGGUAGAUUUAAGGUUGAAAUCUCUUGAGGAUACUCAAAAGGAGUUAUUAGAUAUACUAUCUAAAUCUACAGCGGAAUCAGAUACUAUACAAAGAAUUAAUAAAUUACAAGAAUCGAUGAUUCAAUUGCAUAACUCUAUAAAACGUGGCACUUAA